GUCCAUUCGUAUAAUGAUCAUCGAUCGGCAAUGGAUCUGACGGGGCCGGCCAUAUAUAUAUGAAUAUGAUGAUCUACCUGUUGUUGCUGCUGCUGUGAAACUGCUGUGAAACAGUUUCAAUCAGAAUCAGUGAGUGAAUGAGUGAGUCGCCAAUGUUACCAAUUUCCCAGCCCUAGAUCUGAUUCUCAAUCAACACUUGAUUCAUUCAUUCAUCCGCCCCCCUCCUCUCUAGAUUAUCCAUCCAUCCAUCCCCUCCAGCUCUACCUAAAUAUAUAUGUUUGCAUCUAAUUAUGAGGAGGAGUCAUUGAGUCGUUGCUCUGACCUCGGAAUAUUUCACUUUCACUUUCACUUGGACCAUCCAACUUACUUACUCCUCCCUCCGAAUCAUUUAUUUUGCUUGCCCGAUCGAUCGAUCGCCUUUCUCUUCCUUGCCUGCCUUCUACAAUGGUCUUCUGGGAAGGCUACGUCACCGAUGAAUCCAUGGGAACCUUUGCGCCAAUUGUGGUCUACUGGUUGUACGCCGGUUUUUAUCAGCUGCUUCCUCCUCUAGACAACUACCGCCUGCACACCAGGAGGGAGGAAGAUGAGAGGAACCUCGUCUCUCUGCCCUCCGUUGUAAGGGGUGUUCUUCUUCAGCAGGCUGUUCAGGCACUUGUUGCUCAUUUGCUCUUUCUGGUAACUUCAGGUAGUAGCAGCAGCAGCAGCAGCAGCUCCUCAUUGAGGGUUGAUGAAACAGCUCAGCCGUGGGUGGUUGUGCAGAUGGUGCAGAUCUGCGUGGCAAUGGUGGUGAUGGACACGUGGCAGUAUUUUGUACACAGGUACAUGCACCAGAACAAAUUCUUGUAUCGUAAUGUCCAUUCUCAACACCAUAGGUUAGUUGUACCUUAUGCAAUUGGGGCCCUUUACAACCACCCGUUGGAGGGUCUUCUACUGGACACAGUUGGUGGAGCUAUUUCUUUCCUUGUGGCUGGAAUGACUGCUCGAACUGCUGUUUAUUUCUUCUGCUUUGCUGUAAUCAAGACGGUUGAUGAUCACUGUGGACUAUGGUUGCCUGGUAAUAUCUUCCACCUCUUCUUCCAGAACAAUACUGCAUAUCACGACAUCCAUCAUCAAAUCCAGGGAUUAAAAUACAACUAUUCUCAGCCUUUUUUCCCUUUUUGGGAUAAGCUACUCGGCACGCACAUGCCUUACAGGCUUGUAAAGCGGCCCCAAGGAGGUUUUGAGGCAAAACUAUUCAAAAAACUUUAACAAUCUUCUCACUUUCUUUAUUUUAGUAGUAGCAGCAGCAGCAGCAUCAUCAUCAUGUGUACCACCAUCACUUCAGCUUGUCUUUUUGUAUAAUAAUAUUUACUGCCAUUUCUUUUUCUUCUUAUAUUGGCUGGAGCGGAGGCAUCUACUACUACUACUAUUACUUACUAGUGGUGGUGGUGGGGAAAUCCUAAAUUAAUUAUUAUUAUUAUUAUUCAUUCAAGAAUCAAGAGUAUCAGUUGGUUUGCCACAGAUGUUGGUUUGUUUGUUUGUUUGUUUUGUUAACUCCUUCUUUCAGUAACUAAUUGGUUCUGUCAUAUUGAGUCUGUGUUCAUUUGUCUA